AUGUCGAGACUGGUAAUCAACGUUCCCCCAAACAAUCCAUUGUUUAUCACCGAGGGUGAUUUGGGAACAGGUUUUAGUAUUGAUGAAACUAAAUCUAAAAAGGGUCGAGUCUAUCAUUUGGAAGAUCAAUCUAAAAUCAAGACUUCUUACAGUCAAUCUGAUGAUUCACAAUACGAAAUACUCGAUAACGAACACAAAGUGAAAAAGAAAUUACAACUAGACACUGAAUUGGGAUUGUCAAAUGGUUUCGCAUCGGCAAGUGUUAUUGGUGAUUAUUCAAGUUCAAACAAUGAUCAUAAAUUGACUAUCGUCAUGACUCGUAAAGUGACACAUAAAGUGAUUGAAGUGUACUUGUCGCCACCAAUGACAAAGGAAACACAAGCCAUACAAGACAUUGAAACACUACGUCAACAAUUUGGUCUUUAUUAUAUUCACAAAAUUGAGCUUGGUGGAUUAUUGGAAAUCAAAGUAACACUUGAAUCAUCUAAUAUAGAUUUAUUAAAAUCAAUUAAAGGAGAGAUUGGAGGAGACUUUUCUUUUAAACUAUUUUCAGCUAUCAUGAAAAAUAAUACAAGUAAGCAUGAAACAAAUAACAACUUGGAAUUAACUACAUCGGUCGUAGCAACGGGUUGUUCUCAAAGGAAUAGUGGUAUCAAUACUCAAACAAUCGAAGGGAUUAAUGCUAUUAUCGAUGGUUUCAAGUUGGAUGAACAAAACUUGGUACCUUUGAGAAUGGAGAUUUGUCCCAUUCCACACACUUCAUUUUCUCACUUGGAUCAUGUUAAUUUCGCACUUUACAAGAGCAAAUUGGCAAUGGUUGGAUCAAACUAUUGUGAAUUUGAAAAGAUGAUUGUUAGAUUGGCUAGAUUCCGUGAAGAUGUAAUUGAGAAAAAUUUGGGAGACCCCGACCAAACAAUGUAUUAUGAUAGUCUCUCUGCCCUCGCUGGCAAGGUAUUACUACUAAGUGGAAGAAUGAAAAACCUUCAAAAUAUUACUGCCAAAUUUAUGAAAAAUACAUUGGAAUAUAUCAUAUCUAAAGAAGUUCAACCUUUAAUGGCAGUUGUUGAAGAGGAGAUAUCGGCAGUAAAGAGAUUGAUUGGUGAUAUACCAACGACCAUUGAAAAGGAUGUAUGGUUUGGCCCAGUAGUAGACAAUCUUCCAACCUAUUACGGUACCUAUACAUACAAUAUCAAUGGAUCAGUUUACAAAGGCCAUUGUUUAAAAGGAAAGAAACAUGGUCAAGGUAGAAUAGACUAUCCCCCCGGAAACAAAAACCACUUUAAAUCAAUUGAUGGAUUAUGGAAGGAUGAUCAAGUUAGUUAUCCAUCAACUAUUUGUUAUUCAGAUGGAACAUCAAUUACAUUAAAUACAGAGCAAGAAUGUGAUCGUUGGAAUGAUGAUUAUAAAACAAUGUCAAUUUCAAAUUGCGUAGAGUUUGUCAAUCGAUCUACUGCACAAGAGUAUAUUUUCAAUUAUCAAGUCAAUGUUGAUGAUAUCCAAGAGCCAUUGUUUCAAAGUUUGUAUAAUGGUCUCAAAAAAUCGGUAAAGCCAGGCAGAGACAGAUACUAUUUUUUGUUCCUGGGUAUAACAGGCGGUGGUAAAACGACGAUGAUGGAGUAUCUACUCAACAUUCUCACUGGCCAACUCGACUCUCCCAAGAAUCUUCGUGCAAUGGACCUAGAGUCGACUGGCAUUGGUGAGAGUAAAACAAAGACGGUGUGUCGAUACGAUAUCGAAUACAAUCAAGGCGACUUUUACAAAUUUGGUAUUACUCUUAUUGAUACACCUGGAUUCGCCGAUGUCGAGGGACUCACCAAAGACAGUGCUCACAUGACAUCUAUUCUAAAGUCCGUUGGUAGCGUUCCUAGGAUAGAUGGUGUCAUGUAUGUUGUGAGUGGAACAUUGACACGAGCAACUACUGAUGUCCUCAAGGUUUUAUGCAGUGUCUUUUCAAUCCUUCCCCAAGAUUCCUUUAAAUGUGUAUCCACCAUUUUUACAUUUUGUGAUAGUGCAAAUCAAGCUGCCGAAGCUCGUGCAGUCAUCAAUAGCGUCAUUUCUGGAAUGGGCAAAAGACCAGACUUUUUUUUAGAUAAUCCAUGGUCACAACAUUCAAAUAACAAGGUUUCAGCCGGAGUCAAGGCAAAUACGGAAGGAUUAUGCGGAGUUGAUAACUCUGCAAACCUUUCAACGAGAAUGGAAGCGACCACUAAAAGUGUCACAGACUUUUUAAUUGAAAGAAUCAGAAACAAUGAGCCAUUUUCAUCACAGGCAAUGGGCAAUCUUGGUAAUAUCAGAAAACAACUAUUGGAAACACUAAAUCAAAUUGACAAGUUGAUGAAACUCAUUAAAGACAACAACGGGAUAUUGGAUAGAUUGACAGUUGAACAUUUGGAUGAAGCUAUUGUUAAGGCUCGAUUGUUGACCAUGGAGGAAUGGAUCAAAGACAAGGGAUUCGCAAUCAUCGAUGGGAAAGCAAAGGCAAAGAUGUCCUCUCGUACUGAAUGGCCUGGAGGUGUCUAUGCAACUGUUUGUUUGGCACCCAACUGUCAGAAUAUGGUGUGUCAUCAAGGUUGUAAUCUCGACUUUACACCUGACAAGCAGAGCAACAUGUUUACCAACUGCAAAGCAUUUAGAAAUUUUAAAUCAAAAGUACUUUCAAUUGCUACAGACACUUCAAAGGAAUGUCAAAAGUGUCUUGUUUGUCCUCUAGGUUGCUCUCAUCAAUACCAUAUCCAUUCCAAAUUCCAAUUAGAAUGGAUUGAAAAUAAUAAUAUUUUAGAUGAAUAUGAUGCUCUUCGUCAGGGUGUAGAUUCAGUAUCAAUUAAAGCCAAAGAAAUUCAAGAAAAUAAUGAUGUUCUCCAAAAACAAUUGAUUGAACGAUUAGAGGAGAUGAAAAAGUUGAAAGACAAGUUUGCGACACUUGCAGUGUUGGGUGAUAUCAAGGCCAUUCUCAAUGUAUCGAUCAAGACAUACGAGGAUAUGCGAAAGUUGUUGAUUGAAAAAAAAGGCACCAAGGACGAGGUCGACAGUGUCAAUGAUAUCAUCGAGACACUCCAAACAUUUGUCAGUCUGGUCGAUAACUCUGAUGUUGAAAAAUCGAUCAAUGAUCAAAUCAACUUGGGAAGACAGAGAUUCAACAAGGCUUGGGAUUUAGUACAAGAAAAGAUUAAACUUGUUGUACCAUAA